GAGCGCGCCGGGCUGGGGCCGGGCAGGAGCGGAGUGGAGAAGGAGCGCGCCCGCCCCAGCCCCAGUCCGUCGCCUGCCCUCCCGCCGCCCCCUGCCGGGCGGCCGCCGUCCCAGCCAUGGAGCAAGACCACAGCCCCCGGAAGAUCCAGUUCACCGUGCCUCUGCUGGAGCCGCACCUUGACCCCGAGGCGGCGGAGCAGAUCCGGAGGCGCCGCCCCACCCCUGCGACCCUCGUGCUGACCAGUGACCAGUCAUCCCCAGAGAUAGAUGAAGACCGGAUCCCCAACCCGCUUCUUAAGCCGGCUUUGUCCAUGUCUCCACGGCAACGGAAGAAGGUGACGAGGACCACACCCACAAUGAAAGAGCUCCAGAUGAUGGUUGAACAUCACCUGGGGCAACAGGAGCAGGGAGAGGAGUCUGAAGGAGCCACUGAGAGCACAGGGACCCAGGAGUCCCGCCCAGCUGGGAUCACAGACACAGAAGCGGAGUCAAGGCCGGGCACCUCUGGGAAAGCACACAAACCUGCAGAAUCCAUCCCGAAAACUCAGGAGAGGGGCAGUGAGAAACCCAGCACAGAAGACCCCUCAACCCAUAUACCACCACUGGAUUCCCAGGGAGCCAACUCGGUCUGAGAGUAAAGGAGGUAUCUUGGAAUCAAGACUGCAGUUGGGAAUGCAUGGACACUGGAAUUGUUUCUUAUUUCUUCACUUUUGGGGAAAAUUUCUUGUUUUUAAAAAGUGAUAAAGUUGGUGUUAAGUC